GAUGGAUCCUACAUCGGACGAAGCAUCGAGGAAACUUCAUCCUUCGUGUCUCGCUCUCUCCUUUUCAAGUCCUAUAACUUCAACAUUCGAAGCUACAAGAAGUUGCCUUCUCACAAUUCUUCACCAUCUCUCUCUUGAAAAAAAAAAACUCAUCACAAGUUUGAUCAAGAAAACCAAGAAAGAUGCCGAAAGACAGGAAGAUCGGAAUCGCGAUGGAUUUCUCGGAUAGCAGCAAGAACGCAUUGAAAUGGGCGAUCGAGAAUUUAGCAGAUAAAGGAGACACACUUUACAUCAUCCACACUCUACCAUCCUCUGACGCUGAAUCUCGUAACGCCCUCUGGCUCAAAACCGGUUCUCCUCUCAUACCGUUGGUGGAGUUUAGGGAACCGGAGAUUAUGAAGAAAUACGGUGUCAAAAUCGACAUCGAAUGUCUUGACAUCCUCGACACUGGUUCCAGGCAGAAAGAGGUGCAUGUAGUGACGAAAUUAUACUGGGGAGAUGCAAGAGAGAAGCUGGUUGAUGCUGUUAAAGAGCUCAAACUUGAUUCUAUUGUCAUGGGAAACAGAGGACUUAGUGCCCUUCAAAGGAUCAUAAUGGGAAGCGUGAGUAGCUUUGUGAUUCAACACGCGCCUUGCCCUGUCACCGUCGUCAAGGAUAACGAUUCUCACUAAAAGGAAAAAAAAAACCUGUCUCUAUCUAUGUUUUACCAAAACCAUCACCGCAAUCUAUGCUUUAAAUAAAAUGACCUUUUUCUUGGUUGUAUUUGUAUUUGAAAUAUUUUGAAUUCCAUACCAAUAUAUUACAUCCCAUAGUUCUUG